AAAAAUGGGUGGGGAAAUGUUUACAUUGUUGCUCCGCCUCCCUUUUUCGUCGCAUUUAUUUAUUUUCCUUAUUUUUCAUCUGAGAAUGUGAGUUGUGAAUUCGCAAGAGCGUAUUUGGUUGAAAUAGAGAUUCCAUUCAUUCGUGUCAAGAUCUUUGCGUUCUUGAGCUGGAACGUUUUUUAGUAAAAAAGGAAUCAAACGUGUCCAAUUACAAACUGGUUUUGGAGGAGAAGCGGACAUGAAGAGCUAACACGGGACUCGUCGACCUUGCGUAACUCUCUCACGUGACAGACUCGGUAGAGCAACCUCUGCACAUGAUUUGGGCGUCCGGCCCGAGUAGGUGAUGGAGUGCGCCUACGACGAGGACCUCAACGAAAAUGCCUUCUUCCAAGUGCUGCAGGCCGAUCACCAGGAACUCUUCCAGAAGGCAACGCUCGAGGGUUGGGUCAUCUGCGUGCCGCGGUCGGGCGCGCUGCCCAAAUACCCGCUCACCGACGAGGACUUUCUCUCGCACAUCCUCAUUCCCAGUGACGAACUGCCCGAGAGCCACUUCUGCUCGCUGCUGGACAGGCAGGUGAAGGUCCUGGACAGGAUGAUCACGGCCGAGGGCGACGACGGCCGCACCUUCAGCACCAACAUCCUCUUCGAGGAGACGUGCUACACGGACGAGCUGUACAAGUACAAGGUCCUCUGUCUGGAGAGUCUGCUCGAGCAGCAUUCGUGCUCCGGACACGCCAUCUCGAACCCUUUGAUCUCCCUCGGCAGUCUGCGCGACUGCAUUGAUUUUCUGUGGACGGAGAGCAGUGGACAGCCGGUUUUAGAGAAGCUCGACGAGUCCAUCGAGGGCUUCCUGACCAGCCAACCCGACCUGGAGGAGGAACCGCUGCAGACGCAGAUCGACCUGGCCAAAGGCCUGUACGAGCAUUGUCUGAGAAACACCCUGAAGGACCAAAGACUGCAGGAGCAGGUCAGAAACAACCGGCAUUUGAUGCAGAACGUCCGAAUCGCGGUGGAGACUUACGUGCAGCAUGGAAUCUACAAGAUUCUUAUCAAAGGAAUCGUUGCUGCCACUGCAAGUGAAGAUGCCAAAUUGAACAAAGUGAUUCGCAAUUCGGUGGAACUCCAGCUGAAAGAUCUUGACGUUCGGAGCGAGUUGUUUGAGAAAAUACCUGCAGCAAAGCAGGAAGUCGCAAAAAUUGAUGGCUUCAGCACCGUUCUCGGCAAAAUUGGCUGCAUUCAAAAAGCUCUUGGCAUUCUCUCAGGAAACCCAGCCAACCAAGCUGUCAGCGCCGAUGAUUUCCUGCCCAUUUUGAUCUUCCUGGUGGUGAAGGUCUCUCUGCCAAAUUGGCUGGCCCACCUCACCAUGAUGAGGGACUUCAACUUUUCCGAUCUAGACGAAAAUCUCAAUUCGUUUCUGGUCACUUCUCUGGAAGCUGCGAUCGAACAUGUCCGCUCAGGUCGGCUUUUUGAACCACUUUACCCUGAGGCGCAGGGCGAGGAAAAGGUGAAGCUGGAGAUGGAGAAUUUGGAAAAGAACGUGACCGAAUACUUGUUCCGAAAUAUCCAGGUGGACAACAUGGCCAAGGUUCAAGACCUGCUCGCCCCUUCCUCCCUUCUGGACGAAUUCACCACCGAGGACAUGUGCCACCCACUGUGCACUUGUGAGAAAUGCGAGUGCGAGCUCUCCAGACAGAAAAGCAGUCUCUCGGUCGGUCUGUCCUCGACCAAUGAGAAAGGACUGACGGCCCUUCACGUCGCCUGCAGACACGGCCGUUUGGAAAUUGCUGAAUUUUUGCUUGAAAUCGGCGCCCAGGUCACAGCCAAGGACCUCCAGGGCAACACUCCCCUCCACUAUGCGGCCAUCGGAGGUCACCAACACCUGCUGCUCCUUCUCUUGAAUUCCAAAGCGAGCCCCAACAGCAUGAACAACAAUGGAAAUACUCCUCUGCACUUUGCCGCUCAAAACGGCCACGAAACCUGCUUGAAGGCUUUGAUCUAUUUUUGCGAACACGUUGGCCGCCCUAUCAACGUCAACUGGCCCAAUUCGAACGGAGACAUCCCCCUGCACCACGCAGCCAAGUGGGGCUACGAGGGCAUCGCACAGAUUCUUCUCGAAGCCGGAUCGAGACCUGAUCUCAAGAACAACCGCAAAGUCUCGCCGAUGGAUCUGGCGCACAGCGUCCACAUUUCCAAACUGCUGUCCACGGUCAACAAACCAACUGGAGGCGGAUUUAGGAAGAGACUGAGCUUCAUCAAAAUGAAGAUCGCUGCUGCGUCUAAGUUGCGGUUGGACCUGAUGGACUUGUCACCAAGCGGAAGCUCUCUUUCCAGCCCUAGCAGGUCUAGGGAGAAUUUACUGGAGUACGGCACCAAACCAACUUCAGUUCAGCAAAGCAAAAAGGUGGAAAAGCUGUUGCGAGCUAUCUCGGUGGGCGACGUGCGCUUAGCCUGUUACCACCUUGGAAUUGAGGGUGCCUUCAACACCUCCACCAUGUCCAUGCACACCCCUUGCCACCCCCUGUGCGCAUGCGACAAGUGCAAGAUGCGAAACCGCUCCUCUUCUUUGGCUGACUGGGAGUUGGUGGAGCAUCGUGACGUCAGCGAAGAUCUGCUCGACCCGAACGUCUGCAACUCAGAGGGCGUCACGCCCUUGCAUGCAGCGGCAAGCGCCGGGUGCGCCGACCUCAUUCCACUGCUGAUCUGCGCAGGGGCGAGCGUCAACGUCAGGACGCUGGGUCGCGGGUCGACCCCUUUGCACUUGGCCUGUCUCGCCAAGAAAACGGCGGCGGUGUCGGCCCUGCUCGACAUUCCGACUUGCAACGUCAAUGUGCAGGACUCGAGGGGCAACACGCCGCUGCACUACGCCGCCAUUCAAGGCAGUGCCCCUUUGUCGGAACUUCUGCUGGCCAGAAUGCCGAAUCUGCAAAUGAAAAACAGCGAGGGCAAAACGGCGCUGGACGAGGCUGAGGAAAAGAUGGCCCUGAGAGUGGUCCAGCUCCUGAAAGGAGAGCUUUUUUCAAGCUAGUUUAAUUUUCAUGCAUUUUCUGCAAUGCCUUGGUAGAGGUGCAAUACUUAAUCAUGUAAUUAUUUAAUGACAUUAUAUUGGCCUUUGAUAAAACUGGAAGCAAGAAGUGCCUUUUUGGAAAAGAAUGCUCAUUUUGAACAUCUAGUCUCUUUUGGAAUAUCAGAAUAUAGUAUUUGGAAGAAAAUUUACAACUUGUGGUGUACGUUGUUUCAAAACUUUUCAAUUUAAUGGAGUUUGUCACUUAAUUCAAUUGAUGUGAAAACUUAAAGAUGAGAUCUUAUUGUUACUUGUGUCAGUAUUUUGUAGCAUUUACAUCCUACAUCUAAUUAUAAAAUAAUGUGCCAAAUUUUGAACACAAUAUUUAUUUAUUUAUUUUAUUUAUUUAUUUAUUUUGGGAUAUGAUUCACUAAAUAAAAUUACAAUGCCUUUUGUGUGAAUGACCAUGACCAGUCAAAUAAAUAAAUAAUAAAUUUAUUAUUGAUAUUUUAAUCUUUAUUAUUUUCCUCCUGCAACAAACCU